AUGGGUCAGAAACUUUCUUCUCACACUAGUUACAUACGAUCGCUAAAAUCUUUAGUGCACAGGCAAGGAUACAGAGUACCAGAAGCUAAACUUCAGGCAUUGUUUAAGGUAAUUUUGAAAUGUGAUCCCAAGUUACUAGAAAUAGAAGUACUCAAUGUACAACAGUGGGACCAACUAGGACAGACUUUAAAGAAAGCGCAAGAAAAGGGACUUAAAGUUGCUUCAUCAGUAUGGUUAACUUGGAAGGUAGUUAGAACAGCUUUAGAGGCAGAAACCAUUCAAGAGUCAUUGUCCCAACCUGCCUCACUAUUAGACAUUCCCCCUAACCCUAGCUCUGUCUAUCUUGCUCCACCCAUCCCUCUAACUACUCCAUCUGCUGCACAGCCUUUGCAGACUUUCCCCCACUCUCAACCUCCCCCGCCUCUCAAACCUUCAAGGUCUGAUGGCAACAAUCAGGCUACCCCACCACUUUCACUUCCCAUUCUUCCUCCUCCUUUUGAGGACGUGGGAGAUUCCCCCAUCCCAGAGGAUAAUCCUCUCACAGAUGUGCUUGAGAUUCCUCCUGAUCCCUUACCUCACCCUGUCAACUCUGACAGAACUAAAUCCUACCCCACCCAAACUACAACUUCUCGCCCACCCCCACCCCAACCUCCACCUAGAACUCGUAGGAUUGUGACAGUCAAACAGGCAAUAGCCAGCGCACCGAUUGAAGACGCGGUGGACGUUUUGGCUUGCCCAGUUUUGUUGAGAGAAAACCCUGACAAUCAGGAUGAAGUACUAGCAGAGCACAAAAUAUUUGAUUUUAAAACACUCAAAACUCUCCGAGAUAGCGUGGUACAAAAUGGGAAUACAGCUCCCUUUACCUUGGCACUAAUUAAAAAUAUCAGCCAACAAUUACUUACACCAGAAGACUGGUAUACUUUAGCUCGAUCCACGCUUAAUGGUGGCGAUUAUUUGAAUUGGAGACUAUAUUUUCAGGAUCUAUCUAAGGAACAGGCGAAAGCCAAUGAAAGAGCAGGGAUUGAUAUCUCAUAUGAACAAUUAAUAGGAGAAGGUGAAUUUCACACCCUCCGUAUGCAAUUGGCAUAUACAGAGCAAGCCUACAAUCAGAUCUCCGUAGCAGCAGAAAGAGCAUGGCAAUCCUUACCAGCAAAGGAUAAUGCGCCGAGUUCAUUGGCAGAAAUUAAACAAAGGCCAACAGAACAUUUUUCAGAUUUUAUUGACAGAUUAUCUACUGCUAUAAAAAGACGGGUUUCAGACCCAGAGUCAGGAGAAAUACUUCUAAAAGAUCUUGCAUACGCAAAUGCUAAUGCAGACGCUAAAAAGGCUAUGGCACCCUUUAAAUCUACAGGCACGGUGUCAGACUUCCUGAGAGUCUGCCAGGACAUAGGCACGAUAGAACAUAAAAAUUUAAUGGCAGCACAAAUGAACCAAAUUAAAGGCCCUUGCUUCGCAUGUGGCCGUUCAGGGCAUCUUCAAAGACAUGUCUGUAAUAUCGACAAAACAUUGGCCUGCGUCUUGGGAAACCAUUGCACCCCAACACCAGGUUAUUGGUAUCGGGGUACCCAAGAAAACUCGACAGUCUGCUAA